AUGGCCAACUCUGCUACCAACGAAGAAAAUCUACGCAUAGUCUCUUUCCACAUUGACGGUAAAAAUGCGGUUUCUCUUGAUGAAGAUCUUAAAAAAAUGAACAGUAGUGAGAGAUCUUCCGUGUUAGCUGCCAAUCAAUAUGGAGAUUUGGGGAAUCCUCCGUUGGUAUAUGCUGUUGAGAGAGGGAGUCUUGACAUUGUUAAUGUGCUUCUGAAGUACAAAGCGGAUAUUGAAGUUGGAGGAAAAUGCCAGAGGCUCACGAGAGACUUGUCCAGUAUCUACGACAAUAGCAUUUAUCUUGAUGGUUCUAACUGGUUUACCUACACAUGUUGCACUCCAUCGUUUUUAGCGGCUGCAUACGGUCACCUUGAUAUUUUGAGGUACUUGGUCGAAAAUGGAGCUGAUAUUAAUGCAUGCUCAGAUGAUCACUGCACCCCUCUUAUGAUAGCGAUUAAAAUGGGGCACCUUAAUGUAGCAACCUAUCUCGUUGAACGUGGAGCUAAGGUGGAUAUUAAAGAUGACCGUGGUUGUACAGCUCUUCACCAUGCCAUGUAUUACCAUCAUCAUGACCGACUUGAAGUUUGUAGUUGCUUGAUUGAACGUGGAGCUGAUGUAAAUGGUUGUUACAAUAAAAAGAGCCCCCAAAACGGCCGUACCCCUCUGAUGAUAGCAAGUAGAUAUGGUCAAUUGGACGCAAUGACCUUUCUCAUUAAACAUGGAGCUAAUGUGAAUCUUCAAGACAAAGAAGGUGAAACAGCUCUUCACUAUGCCGUAGAUGGCUCUGAUGUUUCGUGUGAGGUUUUGAGUUGUUUGAUUGAAAAUGGGGCCAAUUUUGAUGCUUUUUCUAAUCGUGGCUGUACUCCUCUGAUGAAGGCAAUUCAUAAUCAACUCAUACAUGUAGUUACUUAUCUCAUUGAGCAUGGAGCUAGCAUUGAUCUCCAAGACAAAAAUGGUAAUACAGCUCUUCACCAUGCUGUCAGUGUUACGAAUUUUUGUGAUAUAAUUGACCAUCUUGUGACCGGCGAAGCAUCUCACAUUUGUAACAACCAGGGAUUGACACCUCUUCUUCUAGUCAGCGACAGAGGAAAUGUCUCAGUAGUGGAGUAUUUAAUCAAAAGACCAGAGAUAACAAAAGAACAAAGAAUCAAUGCCCUAGAGCUUCUAGGUUCCUCUUUGGUUAUUCUGCAUGCUGCAGGUUUUGAAAGAAGCUAUGAGAAAGGAUUGAAGUAUAUCAAGCGUGGCAUGGAAGAAAGGUUUUCUAAUCUCUCCGAACCUAUGUUAAAACAAUCAACAGAACAGGCUGUCAAAGCUUAUCAGAACAGAAAAGAGUGUCAAAGUCUUGAGGAACUUGCUCAGAUAGAAGGAGAUUUGGAUACUAUGGUCAUAGAAAGUAUUGUUAUAAGAGAAAGAAUUAUUGGAAAUGAAAGUGAGUCAUUACGCUUUGUUACUGCCGCUGCUGGAUGUUAUUUCCAUGCGAACAGAAAUUUCUCGACAUGCCUAGCAUUGUACAGACAUGCUGUGAAAAUAGCACAGAGCUCCAAGCAAUCUGCUGAUUUUCAGUUAGACAACAUGAGUAGACUAUUACAUGAAGAGUUUAAGAGAAGUGGUCUACCAAAAGUAAAGAAUCAUCUCAUUGAAUUGUUUGAGUUAAUACUUCUUGACUAUGAAACACAGCGUAAUGUGAAGAAGCCAAAUUCACUGUCAAGACUUUUUGAUAUAUCAGUGAAAGUGGUAUUGUUUAUUUCCAAAGUUGAAUUUCAUGGGGAGAGCAAGAGGUCUAAUCUGUCAACACUGCUAAAACAACUGUUUAGGAAAGAUCCUCAAGAUAGAUCGGGAAACACGCUCUUACAUAAGGUCAUUGAAUGCCACAUGGAUAACGAAGAAUAUUCCUGUUUGGAUGCAGUGAAACUUCUUCUGAGUGCAGGCUUCAAUGUAAAUGCCAAGAACAAAAAAGGAAACACUCCCCUUCACAUAGCUGCCAAUUUUAAACCCAGAGGUGGUAAAAUUUGUUUUGUGGCUGAAAUCCUGCAAGUUUUAAUUGAUGGAGGUGCUCAUCAUGAUUUUGUCAACAAU